UCGCUGGGGUUUCCAGUUUCCAAACCUGAUGUGAUCUCGCAGCUGGAACGAGGGGAAGAGCUGUGGAUCAUGGACCUCCAGGGUUCUAAGAAAGAAGAGCUCCCGAGAGGUGAUGGGAUAGUGAGUGAGAAUGAGGACGAAAAACCCCAGCAGGAAGAUGCUGAGCAAGUAGAACCACAUGGAACGUUAUCAGGAAGAUCCAAAGGUCAUGUUUCCGGGAGUUGUGAACUCCCAGAAAAAGCAAAAGCCUGGGAGAGUCAGCACAGGCUAGAGGAAAACUUCAGUAGCCACUCAAACCUUAUUGGAAAUGAGAGAAUCAACUUGGAAGAGACACACUAUGCAUGCCAUGAGUGUGGGAAAAGCUUCAAUGGGAAUGCUGCCCUUAUCACACAUCACACAAUCUACACAGGUUGUUCUGGGUACAGCCUCUCCCCUCCCUCCACGAAAACCACGGCAGACAGCCGCUUCGCGCCUUUUUUCCUGGGUGAACACAGCAGAUGCUAUACCACGGCAAGCAUGGAGCCCGCUCAGCUCAAGACAGCAGUCAUGAAUAUUGUAAAUACCUUGCGCAUUAUCGUGCAGUUUAUGCUGAACUAGGACCAGAAAACGAGG